AUGGAGAGAAAGAGCAACAGCGGAGAGCAGGGAGGAAACCUUGUUGUGCAGCUGCGGCUGCGGCUGCGGCUGCGGCUGCGGGAGGAUCUGUGUUUGUGGCAUUUCCACAGAGCGGCGUCAGCUUGGCUACGGAACCAUCCUCCAAGCAACAGCAACAACACGGGUAGUCAGGCCCCCUUGACGUCUAAAGGUGCCUUCGACUCGCACCUUUACGGUGAAACACCAGUUCAUCAAUAUUUGUCUGAAAUUCCAGCAGAAGAUGAACAGCCAACGCCGCUUGGGGUGUUUGGGGAGGACCCGCAGCAGGCGCGGGGUGGUGGCGUGGAUGCUGUAAGCCGGUUAGUAGAAAGCGAGCGCCGAGCCAUGCUGGCUGCGUCUGGUGGGGAUGCAGCGGAUGCAGCAGCUCUGCUUGAGAAGAGAGCUAUUGCUGCGAGAGAGGAUAUGUACAGGAGGCAGAGGUUCCAGCGUGCACUGUCACCAGAAAGGCAGGAUCCGUUUGCUGCUGAUGGGGGGAGAAGAGCUGAUGUAAGCGCUAGGAGCUACGCAGACGUCAUGGUGGAGCAGCAACUUGAUCGCGAGAAACAAGCAGCAGUUAAACAAAUCCGAAAACUCCAAGAGGAUGCGGCGAUCGCGCAGCAGCUGCUGCAGCAGCGGCAGCAGGAGGAAGCAGCAGGAGGAGCUGCAGCAGGGAAGAGACCGAGGUGGGACGGUGAACGUCAACUGACGGAGGCGGAACGCUUGACGCUGCAGCAGCAGCAGCAGCAGCAGCAAGGCGCCGAGGGCGCAGCAGCAGCAGCAGCAAGCCUUGCAAGCCGCUGGGACACGCCCCUGCAGGCUGGUGGUCAGGCCCCUGGCUGGGGUGACACCCCAGUUGCUGUAGCAGGAGAAGGAGCAGCAGAAACCGGAGAACAAAAACCCAAGAAAAGAAGCAGAUGGGAUGCAACACCAGCACAAGGAGGCACUGGCCAGGAGACGCCAACCCCCGGGCAGUGGGGUGCAACGCCGCUGGUUGCUGGGGUGGGGGGCCAGACGCCGCUGGCUAUGAAGAAGAAGAGCCGCUGGGACGCGACGCCGGUGCCUGGGGCGGAGGAGGGAGCGGGAGCGGGAUCGGGUGUGGGGUCGGCGAUGGCCACGCCCCUCACCGGGGCCCGCCUCACCGACGGCUCCGACGCGGGCCUGGCCACCCCGGGCCUCUCCCAGACCCCGGGGGCCACCCCCAUGACUUCAGGGCUUACACCGGGAGCAACACCCCUUGCUAUGACAGAGCUGGGGACGCCGCUGCAGACACCGGAGCAGCUGCUGGCGCUGCGGCUGCAGCAGGAGUUUGAUGAGCGCAACAGAUAUCUAACAGACGAAGAGCUAGAUAGGAUAAUGCCGACAGAGGGGUAUGAGGUGGUACAGCCCCCCAGCGACUACAACCCCCCCCCAGCCUCAGCAGCAGUUGCUGCAGCACGGGCGAGGCAACAGGCCCUCGCCUCAUCGGGUAUGGGGCCUGCAACCCCGGGUGUAUCUUCAGCUGCUACACCUCUUGGGGUUACACCCAUGUACGUUAUGCCUGAAGAAGGUGGUAUUUCUGUUAAAGCCCUCGACCCCACGGGGUCACUUCUAGACCCCCAGGGGCUGGGAGAAGCAGCUGGCGGCGUGCAGAUGAAAGCCGAAGAUUUCCACUUCUUUUCAAAAUUAUUUGAAGAAAAAUCAGAAGACCAGAUGACCCAAGAGGAAGUGAAAGAGAAGAAAAUUCAACUUUUGCUGCUGAAGAUAAAGAAUGGAACGCCGCCACUGCGUCGCUCUGCUCUGCGUAUAUUGACGGAUAAGGCGAAGGAGUUUGGCGCUGCUGCGUUGUUUAACCAAAUAUUACCACUGAUGAUGCAAACAACUCUGGAGGAUCAGGUGGGUUGGGUGUGCUGA